CAAACACUAACCUUAGAAAUUUUGCAAACAAGCAACUUUUUCAAAGGAGUAAACAGCUUCGUCAUCUUAAAAGAUUUUUGAUCUUCAAAAUAUUAAGCAAAUUAAAAGAUGAGUUCUAUUGGGACAGGAUAUGAUUUGUCGGCUUCCCAAUUCUCUCCCGAUGGGCGAGUUUUCCAAGUAGAAUAUGCUAUGAAAGCUGUUGAAAAUAGUGGAACCGUUCUCGGUUUGAAAGGAUCUGAUGGAAUUAUUUUAGCUGCCGAAAAACUUAUUCUUUCAAAGUUACAUGAACCUGGAACUAAUCAAAGAAUAUUUAAUAUCGACAAGCAUAUUGGAAUGGCAUUCUCUGGUCUUAUUGCUGAUGCACGUCAGGUAGUUCAAAUAGCAAGAAGAGAAGCGGCUGACUACAGGCAACAAUAUGGCGUUAGUAUCCCUCUGAAAUACUUAAAUGAUCGAGUUAGCAUGUACAUGCAUGCCUAUACUCUGUACAGUGCUAUACGGCCUUAUGGCUGUAGUGUAAUUUUAGCCAGUUACGAAGAUGGAGAACCAACCAUGUAUACAAUCGAUCCUUCAGGAGUUAGUUAUGGUUAUCAUGGGUGUGCCACUGGCAAGGCCAAACAAGCAGCAAAAACAGAAAUUGAAAAAUUAAAGGUAUCUCAAUUGCCCUGCAGAGAAUUAGCCAAAGAAGCUGCAAAAAUAAUUUACUUGGUUCACGAUGAGCUCAAGGAUAAGAACUUUGAAUUGGAACUUUCUUGGGUUUGCAAAGAGAGCAACGGCCUUCAUCAAAAAGUACCGGAUAAUGUAUAUCAGGAAGCAGAAAGAGCUGCUAAGCAAGCAAUGGAAGCUGACUCAGAGUCAGACACAGAUGAUUUGUAACAAUUUUACUUUUAAUUUUUUAUUGUCAUUUAAAUUAAUACAUUUAAGUCUUAGGUAUUAUCAGUCUUUGCUUAUUUCAGUGAAUUUCCUUUAGAAAGAAUGCAAUUAUAGGCAUUUAUACAUUACAUACUUCUAUAAAAUAUAUUUCCUUUACAAAUA